AUGCUUGUUGAUCUCCCCUUUGACGUUCUUCAUCACGUUGCUCGACACCUUGAUAUCAGAUCUUACCACAACUUGAGAGAGACAUGCUCUGUGCUCUAUGGUCAUCUCAGCAAUGAGAACACGGCUAGGAAAUGUCUAGAGCGAAGCAUCCCUCAUUCUACAUGGGCACGACUGGCACUGUCAACACUGGGUAGAGUGGGCUUUAGGCAGCUUUUGGGUCGAUGUUAUGGCCAAAGACAAUCGAUUCAAAAUGCCUCGCCUUAUUCGGCAACUAUAAUAGGACAUGGCACUAGCUUCGUGUAUGCCGCUGGCGUUCUCUGCUACUCAAACAAUGAGGGAGUACGUAUCCUCGAUUUCAACAGCGGGAAGGCUACUGAAAAAGUCUUGAGCGGAAUGCUCUUCUGUAGCGAAUUGGCGUUCAAGGGCUCGGGUGGCGACAGCCUAGAACUAGAAGCUCUCAGAUCGGUGCAGGUUUGCAGUUACUCCGACAAGAUUGUAGCUUGUCUCUGCAAUUUCGGAGUCCUUGGACACUUCUUGUUUGCAGUCAAUGUUGACGAGGACUUCGAGCCGUCAGUGCGAUGCCCCGAGGGCUCGAGACAUGAUCGAAUUCUGCUUUGCGUCAGAGUUCGCUCAACCAACAAACUCUUCGUCAGACAUGAUUCCACACACCUAGUCUACGGGACACAAUCGGCACGAGGAAUAGAUGACCACCGUGAAUGGCUUCUGGAAGUUUAUCAGCUGUCCAUGGGGGAAGCAGUAAGCAAGGAGCCUCUGCAGCUACGAAAUUUCGACGGGUCGGAAAUUGGAUCUACUGCUUGCUUUACUAUCUUUGAGGGACACUUCUACGCUGUAACUACUCAGACAAGCCUGGAACACGAGGAGGUUGACUGGACGAGCUAUUAUCGCUUUAUCGGCUUUCCUCUGAACGAGCCGUCUCCGGAUCUGACAAUACGAGUGAUAUGGCGUCGACAACACGUGGAGGGACCAAUCAAUGACUUUUGGACCGUGCUGGAAUUUCAAAACGAUCAUCGCACUGGCGAGUUAUUGAUUAUUGAAUGCCGUAAGGAAUGGAUCAACGGUGACAGUCGCUCUUCCCGAACAUUCUACUCACGGCCAUUCCAUCGGGCUGAGAAUCCCGAGUCGACAGACGGCUUACGCCAUCCACCCGAUGAUCCCCUGAGCAAGACCUUGAAUCAAGAAAAUAAUAGUCGGUUUGAGCCAUCAAGGCAUAGAGCUGCAAAGUACGUACAUACAGAGGCAGGUGCGUCCGGGAGUGUGAAGGAAUACAUCAGGGCGAAAACCAAAUGGAAUGGAUAUUGUUUCAACUCGCAGUCAUUUGUCGACAUCGUCACAGAGGAGUUUAAAGCGGAUGACAACCCUGUCGCCACGGAACGUAUCAAGCUACGUGUGGUGAGUCGCAGUGAAAUCUCGCCCUUUUCCCCGAGUCACAUAUCACUCUGGCCACCGGACAGUGCACCUCAAUCGCUGCAUGACAUCCUCUGCCCAGGGGGGCGGGCCGGUGAAGUGAAGGCCGAGCUGGGAGAUGAAGGCCUCAUUUACAUGGCGGGUCCACCUAUCGUAGAAGGGCAUGACGAAAGAGCACUCGUGUUCGUUAGUUUUGAUCCUCUCUUCGGAUUUGAGGGCAUGACGAGGCUUGAUGGCACACCUGCUCGUCAGAGGAAAGAGAAGGAGGAUUCCUCACCCUGUCGGGCGAAGAAGAGAAAGUUUUUCUCCUCUGAUGGUCAAGGAAGAGGCAUUAUCGAGUCUACUCCGGAUAAGGGGAAGCGCCUUGCUUCUUCAGACCUACCUGAUCGGCCCAAGCGGAUCAAGACCGAUGAUCAGGGGACAAGCGAGACUCUACCAAUACCAACAGACUCGCAAUCAAGUGCUCCCACUACGUCCACAACUGCACUGACUCCGACACCAUCGGCAUGCCCUCCGCCUCUCCCGACCGAUCAAGCUCCGAAUCCUUGUUUUUCCUCUACCUCAGGGCACGAUGAAGCUACAACACAGUCAUCCUCAUCCUCACCUACAUCAGACGCGCGCUCGCGGCAUCCCCCAGACGGCUACCAAAGCGCCGGCUUGUUGGCAUGGCAGGAAAAAGCGGCGUACCUCACCAUUGCGGAAAGUAUCUGGACAAGAUGA